GUGGAGGUGGAGCUGGAGAUGGAGGGGGGUCCUUCCCAGACUCACUGGAGCCUCGCUGUAACAGCCUCAUUGAGACUGAAUGAGACAUCUUAAUUACUCCAGUUGUGAAAACUAAAGGAGGGGAGGAGGGAGGGACUGCUUUGAUCUUGGAGCUGAAGGAGUUUGAUGCCUCCUAUAAAUACAGGCAGGCUGUGGUGAAGGGGGGCAGUCAAAAUUCCUCCCAAGACCAGGACGAUCUGCACAUCUCCACCUUCCGGCACUCUCCACUCAACUUUAAAAACACAAGGAUUUACUCUUUCUGGCCUCUUCCAGGACCAAACUCGAGCACUCUGCAGCCAUGAGAGGACACUUUUCCAUCGAGUGGAUGGCCCAGAGCAGCCAGCCUGCGGGGACGGAGACCCCCUCGGCCUCUGGACCAGGACCCGCCGCCUGUGGGACUCAUUCAGAGAGUCUACCGGGUUUUUACUGCAGACAGAAAUCUGAAAAUUUAACCGAGCAGCAAGAAACCAGAAGCACUCUGCAGCACCAAAGCUCUCACAGUAACCAAGGGACUGAAGCAGGUUUCAGCAGCGGGACGGAGGAGGAGACUUCCGGCUACGAGUCUGAAGGAGGUCACUCUCUCUCCCCCUCCACCCCGGCGGACUGCACCUCCCCCUCGCCGGCGUCUCCUCCAUCAGGGAGGAGGCCUCGCACGGCCUUCACAGCGGAGCAGAUCAGCAGCCUGGAGAGAGCCUUCAAGAGGAACGCUUACCUGGGAACACAAGACAAAGCUGAACUCUGCAAGAAGCUCAACCUGUCUGACAAACAGAUCAGAAACUGGUUCCAGAACCGGCGGAUGAAGCUGAAGCGGACGGUGCAGGAUGCCCUGGCUCACGCCUGCCAGGCUAACGUGGCCUCUCAGUUCAUGCAUUACCCAGAGCUGCAGGCCUACCGGCCCGGACCCUACCCCAGGUACCACUCUGCAGCUGCAGCAGCAGCAGCAGCAGCACAGGACGCUCCUGCUGCAGCGUCCUACGUCCCUCACAGCCUGCAGUACGGCUCGGCCCUGCCCAGCGUCCCCUCACUGCCCCUGGACUCCUUCUACCAGUACAGCAGCCUCCCAGGAGUCGUGCUGCCCUCCUACCCCACCUACCCUCAGUACUACUGACACUGUGUGCACAUACCGUGAUAUUUACUGAG